AUGUUAAUUCUUCGAGAUAUUUGGUCAUCGGAAGGACUAUCGAACGAGUCAACUUUAGAGAUCUACCAUUCCAAACUGACGGAUGAUCAAAUUAAAGAAAUUAUGAGCUGCCCGUUUGCAAAACUCAGAAAUAAACAGCUACAACAACAGCAGCAGCAUCAACAACAACAAAAACAUCAACAAUAUGAGGAACAACAACAACAACCAAAUGUUCAAGACAGACUAAAGCCUGUCACAGAAACAUUAAAUAAUACAAAUAACAUUAAAGGCAUCAACAUUGCCACUGAUGACAUUGAUGACGAAAAUUUAAUUUUAAAUGACAACAACAACAACGACGACGAUGAUGACGACCUUCAAGACAACAACAAUGACACAAUCAUCGUAAGCAACAACAGCAAACAAAACCUAAGCACGGACGAAAAAGUUGAAGAGCCCAGUAACAUCCAACCACCACUCACACCAAAGCCAAUUGAACCUGUGAGAAAAUGUCAUUCCCUACCUCACAGCAUUUCCACAUUAAAAAUUUUCAACCUUUUCUCUAACUGUCAUGGUGGCGGAAAUGAUUUGAAAGAGGAGUCCUUGAUUAAUUUGUGUGAGAUCGAAGAUGUUGAUGAGUACCAGAUGUCUUCAUCAUUCCCUCGCUCCUUCAUCGUGCACAGAACUGACGGUCAGUCAAUAAUAUUCGGAGCGCACACCGACCUGGAGAUGAAGGAGUGGAUGAACGCCAUCAAACACCUGGCAGAGAAAGCUCGCAAGGACAAAGACGCCAUCUCCAUCAAAAACUCUGACAACCUCAUCCGCUCUCGAUCUCUCUUCAACAUGCAAGACAACGCGUAUUCGCAAUUUGAGCCCAACUCUUCGCCCAACAAGAUGUACAAAAUAACGAUGAAGAGUAAGGAAAUCAAAUCGGACAGUCCAAUCGUGCCCAAACUGAACGGUGAGUUGGUGCUCUACCUGAUGGGCAUCGGAUACCUCAAGAUCCUAUCAUUAUCCCCUUCAACGUCCGCUCUUAAGAGCAGCAGCUCAGUGAGUCUGAACCGGAUCGCAGCAGUGCAACCAGAAUAUCGAGAGCUCUGUCACUGGAAGCUGGAUAACAUCAGGAAGCUGAGUUGUGAGGAGAGAGGCAAGUAUAAAGAUCUCAUCACGUUAGAAACACUCAGAUCAUGCCCAGAGUUUGGAGGCACCUUCAAGUUCUACGUAGACAACGCUAUGGAACUGAUAACGGAUAUACAAGCUGUCUCCUCCAACAAGAAUAAGCUGAAUGUCAAAAACGAAAAUCACAAUUUUAUCGAAACGCGCCUGAAUGAAAUACUGGGUUACUAUAUUCAGUUUAUUGCCUUUGAAGCUAUACAAAUCCAUACUCUGUACAUUAUCUAUAACUUUUAA